GUCAACCUGAAUGAGAAUUGAGCAGGAAUGCACCCACGAACUUCAUGGUUGGCACUGAUCAAUAGCUUCAUAAUAUGAAAAAUGAAUCAUAUUAUGCCAAUACAUCAUUAGUUUGUAUGGUUACGCUGACAGGCCAAGGCCCAAAAUCUUCACCGACAUGCACAUUAGAAUGUUAACAUAACGACAGGGAAAAACAAAAAAAGACUGCCCGAUUGGGACUGCUAAGCAAAUUUGCUUUUUCACUUUUUUGAGUUAAUUUAUGUUCUUUUAAAUAGCACUUUAUGUUUGUCGAAGAAACAAAAAGCAGUUUAUGAAAAUUUAAUUGUUUAAUUUAUUAAAAAAUUUACUUUAUAAUGCCCACCAGUGAAAGUGACUGACAUCUUUUGGCACAUUACAAUACGUAUUUGGUAAAAUAAAGCUUGAUAGAGUUGUUCCAAUUUGCGAACUUUCAGGAGCAGAUAUUAGUAUAAUCUUUUUUUGGGUAUUUAGUUGACCUGGUUAAUCGAAUAUAAAAGUCUGGUGUGUUUGAAUAACUUUCCUCCAAGACAAACAUUAUAGCACUUCUGCUUGAAUUGGUCUUUAUUAGCAUUGAAUGAGAUGGAGACAUGGAUGCAACAAACACCUAUUUACUUGAUAAUAAUCAACAAGGAGGAAUUCAUCUCUGUAAAUGAAGAAAACAUCGAGUCCCUGUAAUUUGCAGUCAAGCCAUAGAAAACACAGUUCUAUCAUCAGUAAGGACCAUGGGAGUCCUCCAACUCAUCCUGUCCUGAACUACAUCCGUAAGGUAGUUGGAGCUUUUACAGUUCUCGUUUUUUGGCGAAAAAAGGCUACCGGAGCUGUAACUGGGGCCAAGAAAAGUAACAAUCGAGUUGAGGGUGCUUCCUUUUCAACUGAUAUUUCAACAGGAAGCAGUAAAAGUUCUUCAAGAUUUAAGUUUUCUAGUUCCUAUGGCUCUUCUAGCACUACAAGUGGACUGGUUGGAACAGUCAGUUUCACCCUUGAAGAGAUUUACAAGGCAACUGAAAAUUUCUCUCCAAUAAAUAAGAUCGGAGAUGGUGGUUUCGGAACAGUAUACAAAGGGAAGCUCAAGGAUGGAUCUCUUGUUGCAGUAAAGCGUGCUAAAAAGAAUGAUUAUGACAAGCGUUUGUCAUUGGAGUACAGGAAUGAAGUACUUACUCUGUCUAAGAUUGAACAUUUGAAUUUGGUGAGGUUAUUUGGAUAUGCAGAGCAUCGAGAUGAGCGGAUCAUUGUCGUUGAAUAUGUUGGAAAUGGAACUCUUCGAGAACAUCUGGACGGGACACGAGGAGAUGGACUAGAGCUUGCUGAACGUCUGGACAUUGCGAUUGAUGUAGCUCAUGCAGUUACUUAUCUUCAUAUGUACACAGAUCCUCCAAUAAUCCACAGAGACAUAAAAGCAUCAAACAUUCUCAUAACAGAAAAACUCCGGGCCAAAGUAGCAGAUUUCGGGUUUGCGCGCUUGACAGCUGGAGAUCCUAGUGCUACUCACAUUUCUACUAAUAUCAAAGGAACAACAGGCUACCUGGAUCCUGAAUACCUAAGAACAUACCAACUCACUGAAAAGAGUGAUGUCUAUUCUUUUGGUGUAUUGCUUGUUGAACUGGUGACUGGAAGAUAUCCAAUUGACCAAAAGAGACCAUUGAAAGAGAGAGUAACUAUAAGAUGGGCAAUGCAGAAACUAAAAGAGAGAGAAGCUAUAUUAGUUAUGGAUCCAAGGUUAAGGAGAAGUCCUGCAUCAAACAUGGCAGUAGAAAAGGUCCUUGAAUUAGCAAACAGAUGCCUUGCUUCUGUAAGAUCAUCGAGACCCUCCAUGAAGGAAUGUGCUGAGGUGCUAUGGAGAAUUAGAAAAGACUUAAAAGAAAAAUCCCUGUCUUCUUCGUCUGCCUCCACUUCUCAUCAAUCCGCAAACUUUCCUAGAAGAGAUGCAAAGAAGAGCCGUGAAAAAACAUUUGGGAUUCAAGAGGGAGAGAGCUAUAAAUUUAUUUCUGCUUGAAAGAUUGGAUAAUCCAGUGUUCUUUUGUUAAUACAUUUUCUUUGCGUGAAAUCCAAAGCAUUCCUGCUGCAAAAAAAAAAAAAAAAAAUUCAAGAUCUCAUGUUCAAGCCAUGGAAUCAACCCUCUUGCACAUUUGCAAGAAGGGAAAGUCUGUAUAUUCUACUUCAGUGCAAGAAAUCUCAUGCACGUAUACACCUUUGAUGAUCUUGUACAUACAGUCAUCUUUAGUGCUGCAGAACUCUCAGAUGUGUAUGGUUUGGCUUAGAUUGUAUUCUUUGAUCUUUAUUGAUUAUUCUGAAGCCAAGUUCUUGAUAUUGUA